GACGUUACUUAUGAGAGGAGGCAGAGGACCUUCGUCAGCAGUGAAGAACGAGGCAGAGGUGACCAGGAGGAGAAGUGGAGUGUUUUUAUGAAGAAGAAGGAGAGAGAGAGCCUCCUCUCUUGUGGGUCAGCCGAUGAGAGAAGAUGAAGAGCCAAAUCACCAACGCCCUCUCCGACUUCUUCUUUGAGUAUGAGACCCCUCGCCAGGUGCUGGUGAGGAACAGGAGGGUGGGAGUGGUGUGCCGUCUGAUCCAGCUGGGCGUCUUGGCUUAUAUCAUUGGGUGGGUGUUCAUCUACGAGAAAGGCUACCAGUCCACAGACAUAGCAGUAAGCUCCGUCUUCACCAAGAUGAAAGGCGUGGGCUACACUAACGUAAACGGAUCUGAGAGAGUCUGGGAUGUGGCCGACUACGUCUUCCCUCCGCAGGGAGAUUCAUCUUUUGUGGUGAUGACAAACUACAUCAUAACUGAAGGACAGAAGAUGGGAAAGUGUCCAGAGCUCAAAGGCAAGCACAACUGCAGCUCUAACGCUGACUGUGAAGGAGGGAGUAUCAAACGUACGGGACAUGGACAAAUGACGGGAGUCUGUGUGAAUAGCACCAAGACCUGUGAGGUGUUGGCUUGGUGUCCCGUUGAGGAUGAUCAUGGCAUACCAGAUCCUCCUAUGCUGAUGUCUGCAGAGAACUACACGCUGUUCAUCAAAAACUCCAUUACUUUCCCCUUAUUUGAAGUCUCAAGGAGUAACCUGGUGGAGGGUAUUGAUGCUCACUACAUCAGCAAAUGCCUUCAUGAUCCAGUGACGGCUCCACUGUGCCCCAUAUUCAAACUGGGAGACAUAGUCAGACUGUCUGGCUUCAACUUCGAAACAAUAGCCAAAGUGGGAGGGGCCAUUGGUAUUGUGGUGGACUGGACAUGCAACCUUGAUGUGGAUGUGAAACACUGUAAACCAAAGUACAAAUUCCACGGUCUGUACGGAAACCCUGCUGAGACAGACAAAGCCAGAGCUUCAGUAGGCUACAAUUUCAGGUUUGCGAAGCACUAUUUGGAGGACGGAGAUCAGAAAAGAACUCUUCUAAAGGUGUUCGGGAUCAGGUUGGAUAUCAUUGUGCAGUCACUGGCGAGAAAGUUUGAUAUCAUCCCAACACUGACAGCUAUAGGCUCGGGAGUGGGCAUCUUUGGAGUGGCAACUGUAGUAUGUGACUUGGUGCUGCUCUAUUUGCUACCAAAAAGAGAUUUUUACAGAGACAUGAAAUUCAAAUACACAGACACACAUGUACAGGACCCUGACUCAGAGGCAUGUAGCACAGCGACAGAGAAGUGACCUGGGAGCAAAGUUUUAGUGGCGCUUUGAAGGAGUACAGAACUGGGACCCUGCAAUAGAUCCUGCAACACACACACA